AUGGCGACCGAACGCUCUUUGGCUACCUUGCUGCGGUCGCUUCAGACGACUUCCAGCUUUCAAGAUGCGGCUACUCUUCUUCCUACGGCGACCAGUUUCCUGUCUAUGUUAGGAAACCCUUUGAAUUUGACUUUGCUCUCGUCGCAACUCCUUACUGCGCCCUCCCUAUGGAGUCACCCUGUCGAUUUACAAGCGUGCCGUAAGAUCCUCAGCGUCUUCAACACUGCUGCCAUCGCCGUCUUGCACAAUGACUCCAUCGACGAGCCCCGAAUACCGUAUGGUCGGAAUCGAAAGAUCGAGUGCGAUGCGUGGGUGAAGGCUGUGGCCGAGGGUGCAGACGAUAAAUCGCCGCGGUGGAGACACAUGCUUCUGCUGGGUGGAAUCUUGAUGGGAUUCGAGGGCCAGAACCGGCAGGGUCUACCACGACAUAUUCGAAUCAAGCUCGAAUCUGCACUUUCAACGGCAGCACAAUUGGCGCUACAAGAGCUCGGUCCAGACAUCGGGAUCGAUGGCCAGUGUAUCACCAUGGUGCUGAACUAUACGUUUGAACUCUUGUCAGAUUUCGAAAGGAGCAAGCUCGAUUAUGAUCGCUUACUCCCAACAAUGAUCCAAUCGGCGUACCUUUCGUCUGAAGGUCUGGAGGGUGGGUACUUUUUGGGAUCUAUUGAUCAGGACGUCGUGGAAGCUCCCAACAAACAGUUCAAGUGGUCCUCCAACUCCCCGACAUUUGCGAUCGUUUCUGCCGUGUCUGCUCGUCCGCUUGUGUCAACACUUGGUCCGCUAUCUCGUCUGAUUGCACAUUCUAUUGACAAUGUGCGAGACCCAAGAAUAGUCGCACAGACUGUCGAUUACCUGGCGGACUUUGUUCGUACUCUCAUGGUGCAAUGGCGGCAGAACAAGUUGUCGGAGAUUGAUGCUGCAGAAGAAGCCGAGUUUCUGGACGCUGAAUCACGAGAGGUCACACUCCCUGCGCUUUGGAAGAUGUUACGGAACUGCUUGUAUUCCGUCGUCAUUGCCUUGAGGGCAGUGCUAGGGCGAACGAUCAAUGAUCCCGCUCUCGCUGCUAACAGCAGCGCCCCUUACCUCUCGAUGCAAUGCCUUCAUAUUCUGCGCAAUUUGUACUUCAUCUCGUCUCGAAUCGGCCAGAAUGCCUCCUCGCAACAAACGUUUGUGCUAUUGGCAGCCAUCGAUAUCCUUUCACAGUACCCUGUACUGGCUGAGAACUUCUUGCGAAGUAUCAAGCCAAGCGACAUUGGACAGAUCCCCGCGCAUCCGGUCGAACGAUGUUUGGACUUGUUCUUCUUGAACGUCGCAGAGCACUUCCCUCUUGUCCUAUCAUCAGAAACAAGCGAGGAGCUGUUUUUGUCGGCAGCGUUCCCAUAUCUUGCAGCUGGAGCUAACAGUCUCCUGUUGGAAAUUUUCGAAGCUGCUCACAGCUUGGUCUUGGUUGCCUUUGCCAUCCCCCAUAAUUCCGAAUUAGCCGCCAAGCACCUUCCCUUCUAUAUUGAGAACCUCUUUGCGGUUUUCCCCAACAACCUCUCCGCGCGUCAAUUCCGCCUUGCUUUCAAGACCGUUAUACAAAUCACGGCCCCACCUUCUCCAUUAGCGAAUACCCAACCCAUUCUCCCUUCCAUUCUCUUAGAGGUCGUUCACGAGCGUGCUUUGAAUGCGUCCUCUACUCCAAUUCCUCCGCAGGGUCCCAGCCCGGACAUGAGCCAGAGUCCACCUCUUUCCGAACAAGCUGUUCUAACACUGGCUCUACUCGAUUCACUAGCUUUCCUCCGUGUCGACGAUCUGAAAGAGUGGCUCCCUUUGGCGGCGCAGCUAAUAAACGCGAUUGCGGAUCGGAACAUGCGACACAUUUGCAUUGACCGGUUCUGGGAAGCAUUGGCUGGCGGCGAAAUGGACGUCGAUCGCGCUCACUGCUGUGUCACUUGGUGGAGUACCGAGGGCGGUCGUGAACUUGUUCUGUUCGGCGCCGAAACUGCCGACGCAGCUCCAGGCGAUGCCGAGGCUAGUGGGCCCUUUAUGAGUGGUGCAGUCGGAGAAAUUGCACCGGAAAGUAAGCUCUAA